CUGGAGGUGGGGGUCUGAAUAGCUUAGCCGGCGAUAAGCUGAGCUGAACUUGAGUUAGCCUAACUGAGGCAGCACGUAGCCUUGCGCGCGCUCUCACCUGCUCCAGCACACGGACCCACUCACCCCACGCGCAUGCUGGCACCGGCUAAACUUCCCACUCACCGGAGCCACGGAGAGGGAGAGAGCGAGCAGGGCACUUUACACACUCCCCCCACGCCCCCCUAACCCCAACUCCAACCCACCACCAUCACCAUCACGACCACCGCCACUUCUGCUUUCCUCUCUUCCCACUGGAAAUGACGAGUGAUGCUCCAGUCAGCCUGAGCCGGGCUCUCUGAUCAUCUCCUGUGCUGAAGUCGCGCCUGCCUGCUUCUCGGCGCCAUGAGCACCGCGCUGUCCACGCCGCAGCCGGACAGCAGCAGCACUGCCGGCGCGCCCUGGAACCACAGCGGCGCCAGCGCGUACAAAAGCGCCGCGCUACCCGAGCGCGCAACCUCGGUGGCCAUGGUUCAGGAUAGCCAGUAUCCAUUUCCCACUGUGGAUGUUCCAGACCAUGCCCACUAUACUAUCGGUUCUGUCAUCUUAGUAAUCGGCAUCACUGGCAUGGUGGGCAACUUCCUGGUCAUGUAUGCCUUCUGCAAGAGUAGAAGCCUGAGAACGCCAUCCAACAUGUUCAUUAUUAACCUGGCCAUCACCGACUUCCUGAUGUGCAUCACUCAGACACCUAUAUUCUUCAUCACAAGCAUGCACAAGAGAUGGAUCUUUGGGGAGAAAGGCUGUGAGUUGUAUGCGUUUUGUGGUGCUCUGUUUGGGAUGUGCUCCAUGAUUACACUUAUGGUCAUUGCAGUGGAUCGAUACUUCGUAAUCACUCGCCCUCUGGCCUCCAUCGGCAAGAUGUCACACAAGCGCGCCCUCAUCAUCCUCGUUAUUGCCUGGCUGUACACCAUGUGCUGGAGUCUACCUCCCUUCUUUGGAUGGAGUGCUUACGUUCCUGAGGGACUGUUGACGUCCUGCACAUGGGACUACAUGACCUUCACUCCAUCUGUACGCGCCUACACAAUGCUGCUCUUCGUCUUCGUCUUCUUUAUCCCCCUGUUUGUCAUUAUGUACUGCUACUUCUGCAUCUUCCGUGCCAUUCGGAACACGACCAGUGCUGUGGGGAAAAUCAGUGCAGAAGGGGGAACUACCAAAGACUCAAUCAAAAAGUUCCACCGAAUGAAGAGUGAGUGGAAGAUGGCGAAGGUGGCUCUCAUUGUCAUCCUGCUGUAUGUUAUCUCCUGGUCUCCAUACUCCUGUGUGGCUCUGACUGCUUUUGCAGGUUAUGCCGACAUGCUUACACCCUACAUGAAUUCUGUUCCUGCUGUGAUAGCCAAGGCUUCAGCUAUUCACAACCCCAUCAUUUAUGCCAUCACACACCCCAAAUACAGGUCUGCUUUAGCCAAGUACAUCCCGUGUCUAGGAGUACUGUUGUGUGUGCCUCGUAGAGACAGGUUCACUAGCAGCAGCUUCAUGUCCACACGCCGCUCCACCAUCACCAGCCAGUCAUCUGAGAUCAGACACACCAGCAAGACCCGCCUAUCCUCUGUGUCCGACAGCGAGUCUGGUCUGACAGAUACAGAAGCAGACCUGUCCAGUGCAACAUCACGUUCUGCCAGUCGUCAGGUGUCAUAUGAUAUCCGUAAGGAGCUGACAGACUAUAGGCAGAGCAGCUCGCUGAAGGUAAAGGCCAAGGGCCAAAACUCGGGUGGCUUUGACAGAAACUGCAGCCAGAGCCCUUUGGAGCCAGGUCUAAACCGUACCACCUGUGCUUACAUCAGUACUGUGGCAGAUAAAGAUGACAUCUCCAUGACCGACGUUAGCCAGUCCAAUCAUCUGUCACCCACUCCUCAUGUGAUCUCAGAGCAGGCCGAGCAUAAGAACCUCUCAGCUCUGAUUCCAUCCAUCGUUGUAACCUCUGAGUCCAGUCAUGCCCUGAAGUCAGACGGGGCCAGUGGGCACCCUUCUAAAUGCCUCCCCGGUGCCUCCACAGUGACCUCUGUCACCAUGGAACCCUUUGGGUUGGACAACAGGAAAAUCUCCCAGCCAGACAGUAUAACUAACACGGCUGUUCCUCUGGACAGAAGCUGAGCAAGCCCCAGGUCCUCUGACCUCUCCGUCCUUCUUCUCGUUACAUGUUCUCCACAUGAAGCAACCAGCAUCCACUUUUUAUUUCAUGACAUCACCUCACUGUGCAGUUGUUUUUUAUACAUUAUGUCUAAGUAGAGAUAUUAGUCCAGGUGGCCACAUGUUUGUGUGUGUUAUUGGGAAGUAAAACACUUGCAAACAAAGCAGCAAAAUUGUUGACCAUCCUCAAACUUUCAGUCUGAUGGGUUGCUUCACACUGGAAUGACGCCCCUAUUUGAUGGCAUCACAAGAGCCAGCAAAAUCAGACACUACACUACACAUUGAAGUGUCAGUGAGGUGCUGUCUGUUCACAAUCUGGUCUUUAUUUCGACAAGCUCUGCUAAUCUGUGCUCUGCAGGAGAUUAAGUUAUGAAGUGAAGGAAGACAUCUUGGGAAUGCUGUCACUCUGUUACACAGACUCACUGUUGGACCUAUUUUAUAUUUUAAAAACAUGAACGUGAGCAUAUUUGCAUUUUAUUUUGUUGAAUUUGCAUAAUUCCACAUAAAACAUUAUACUAUAUGGUACUGAGCAAAGGUCAGACCCAUCAUUUAUUGAAUGAAUAUAUUACAUUUAUUAUAUAAUUUAUUACAGCUUCCACUCUUCCCCUUCCUGGAGCUUGAUUUUCUCCUGUCUUUCAAAAAUGAAAGUGUUAAUUACUGUUAAUCUGAGGUCGAUAAUUUUGAUGAUUGUUAUAAUGUUUUAUUAUUUUUUUGAACUCUAGUUUUGAAAACUCCAAACAAAAACUUUAACAAAACUGUUUUCUUGCUUUUUCCUCAACCUUUCCCUUCUUUCUGCCAUUCUUUAUUCAUGUUCAUUAUCUGAUAUCAAACCUCCUGAGAACUUGUACUUAAUGGCCAUUUAAACUCUAAAUUAAGGAAGAGAAAGGUGGUCUCUGACUUUUGCACUGCACUCUAUUUAGUUUUGCAUAUACAACUUUUGAAGUUUGCCCAUUAAAUGACACACACACACAC